AUGAUCCCCAUCAAUGGGGUAACUACCAAAUCAACAACCAUAUUGGUUGAUCUUAGGGCCGUCUUCACGCACCCACAAGUGGAACACAAGCUGGCGACUCGCGGCUCCACCGUCUCCUUGCGGAGAAUCAUGUCCACGUCAGUGUGGAUGAACUAUGAAACUGGACUGCUCAGUGAGAAAGAAUGUUUUGCACAAUUAGCCGAGGACUAUCACUUUCAGGCGUGCGACCUGGCGGCAAUGAUCCAGAAUCUCCGUGAAACUACCAACUGGGACCAGGCUGCUGCUUCCAUCUUCAAAGAAAUCAAACGGAUAGGGACCCGUAUAUUCCUGGUAUCUAAUAUAUCCAAAGAAGAUUACGCCGCACUCCGAAACCGGUGGGACAAUGAAUUCUGGUCCAUCUUUGACGGCGUUUUCACCUCGUCAACACUAGGCGUCCGAAAGCCCAGUUUGCACUUCUAUCGCCAUGUUCUACGAGCCACGCGGGCAGUACCUCAUCAGACCUUCUUCGUGGAUGACAGCCCUGAGAACGUGCUCGCGGCGCUCUCUGUUGGAAUGAGAGGAACAUAUAAAAUCUCAGAGCUCUACCGAACUGUCACCAACUUCGUCGGCGAUCCCGUAGAACGAGGACUUGCUUUCCUGCGACGCCAGGGUGGAAGUUUUCCUACAACCACCCAACAUAACGAAACCAUCACUGAAAACUACGCUUUACUCGUGAUCUUAGAAGUGUUGAAUGACCCGCAACCCCACCUCGACUCUGGAACUUCUUUAGUGGUCAGCCCCCCUGUAUAUCCUCCGCCUCUUUAUACUAGAGUCAUUAAUACAGAUUCAGGCGAGCCAAAAUACACAAGUGAUGCCUACCCCGACGACUUAGACACGACGUCCCUCGGCUUGCUAACAUUGCCCCCUGACUCUGUCAUAGCCCACUCCAUCCUAGACGAAAUGCACGACUACAUCGACAAAGAUGGCAACGUGCAGACAUACUUCGACAAAUCAAGGCCACGAGUCGAUGCGGUCGUAGCCCUCAACGUAUUAACUCUAUUUCACAGAUACGGGCGGGGCCACGAGCUCCCUGACACAAUGGAGUGGAUCUACAGUGUCCUGCUUAACAGGGCAUACAUCAAUGGGACACGCUACUACCCUAAUGCAGAGUGUUUCCUCUACUCUCUAACGCGUCUUCUUCGCGUAUCAAGUGAUCCCACCCUCAAGGAGAGGGUCGAAGCUCCUCUUAGAAAACGUGUGGCCGAGAGGGUCGGAGGGGCUGGCGAUGCAUACUGCCUUGGCAUGCGAGUAUUGGCGUGCAAUUACCUUGGGAUUGACAAUCAUCCCGAUCGCCAGAAACUCGCCGAUAUGCAGCAGGAAGACGGCGGCUGGGAGGCCUCCUGCAUGUAUUUGAUUCCAGGUGCCAAACGAGAGGUUGGAAAUAGAGGAGCCAGCACAGCAUUUGCUGUGAAGGCCCUUGAGGACUGGUCUGAACAGUAA